GAUAAAAGGAAGAAAAAGAGCCGGCUGGCGUCGUUCUUCAGAGCGUGCAGAAAACACAUGAAGAUCUCUUGCCUCACGUCCAACAAAGAGGAGAUGGAGGAUGAAGAGGAGGAAGAGCAGAAAGAGCUCCCAAACUCUCCAGACAAAGGCACUGAUGAUGACUCUCUGUGCUGCUCCACGUUUGAGGUCUGUCUGGAUGUGAAUUCUGUCAUCAUUCAUGAAAUACGCUCUGUGGAGGACGAGAUGGACGUCAGUAAAGGAGAAAUCACACUGACACACACUAACUUAUCCUGCGGAGAUCAAAAGGAGGAAAAGGAGGACAGGAUUAUGGAGGAGGAGGUGAAAGACAAGAAAAAGAGAAGGAGAAGGAAGAAAGUGGAAAAGGUGGAGGAGCCAGUGAUGGAGAAAGAGGAGGAAAAGAUUAAAGAGGAGGACGGAGGGAAAGAGAGAAAGAUAAAAGAGGAGGAAAUACAUGAGACAAUGAUGGAGAAGGAGGUGGACAAGAUUGAGGAGGAGGAGGAUGGAAGGAAAAAGAGAAAGAGAAGGAUGAAAGAGGAGAAAAAGGAGAGAAGGAGCAGGAGGAAAGAGGAGAAGGAGAUGAGCAGGAUAAAAGAAGAGAAGGAAAGUGAGGAGAAUGAGGAGGACAUUGAGAUGAUGGACUUGAAAGUGGAGAUAAAGGAUGAGGAGGAGGUGAAGAAGAGAAACAGAAAGAGGAAAAUCAGCAGCAGGGUGAGCAGGAGAAUGAUGAGAAAGAGAAAUAAGAGGAGGAGAAUGAGAGGAUGAUGGAGGAGGUGGAGAAAAACAAUAAAAGAUGCAUUCAAAUUCUUUUGUCCCCGUCUGUUUUGUUCAUCUGUUCAAAUAUCUGAUUAAAAUGAACUCUUGGUGUUGUAAAUAAACUGAAAAAGAUAAUAAUAAUCAGCAGCAGGAUGACGAUGAGGAGGAGAAGUAAAAGGAGAAGGAUAAGAAGAUGAAACAGGAAAAUAA